AUGUCACGAUUGGUGAACGGCGUGAGGUCUUUCUCCACCGCAGCUUCAUCAUUGCUUGCCGACGCCACAGCCGCAUCGCGGCCUGUUCGGCAGCCAUCUUCCUUCCAGGUUUUCCGCGAUGUCCCCGAACUGCGCCAGUUGCGCCAGCAAUUGCUGAAAAAUGACCGUACAAUGGGAUUUGUGCCCACAAUGGGUGCUCUUCAUGAAGGGCAUCUAUCAUUGAUUCGGGAGGCUGCCCGCGAGAACACCGAUGUCUUCGUGAGCAUAUUUGUCAACCCGACCCAAUUUGGCGUCAAUGAAGACUUGUCAAGCUAUCCUCGCACAUGGGAUAGCGAUCUUAAAAAAUUGGAAAAGCUCAACGAGGAGUUGGAAAGUCUAGGAGUAGGUACUGGACGAAUCUCAGCUAUUUUCGCGCCGACAUCCAAGGUCAUGUACCCUACGCUGGCGCCGUCGUCUGAAAUUGAUGGAGAUGGUUCAUUUGUCACCAUUACACCCCUGUCAAGAAAGCUUGAAGGUGGCUCGCGUCCAGUCUUCUUCCGGGGUGUUGCGACCAUUUGCAUGAAGCUAUUCAACGCCACCACCCCUGAUCGUGUAUAUUUUGGGCAGAAGGACGUGCAGCAAACAGUCGUUAUUAAACGAAUGGUGCAAGACUUCCAUAUUGGUACGGAAGUUCGGGUCGUCCAAACUUCCCGUGAAAGUGACGGGCUGGCGCUGAGCUCCCGGAAUGUCUACCUUGGAGCCCGAAGACGUGCUAUCGGUCUCACAAUUUAUCGGUCGCUGAAAGCUGCGGAGGAGGCCUAUCAAUCAGGGAAGAGUUCCCGGGCUGAUAUAUUGGGAGCUGCCCGCGCGGUUGCCGACCGCGUGCUUGCGGAACAGCAAGCCCUAUCUCCAUCGGAGCGAGCUCUCUUUGAGAUUGACUAUAUCUCUCUCGCCGACCCCAAUACUUUAGAAGAGCUGGAUCUUGUUGAGCCAAGCAAAGGAGCUGUUCUGAGUGCGGCUUUCAAGAUGGCGCCCCUCGAGGAGACCAAUUCCGGCGAGGAUUGCGGCCUCGGAGGUGGCAAAGUCCCUGUGCGGUUGAUUGACAACUUGAUUCUGACGGCCCGCGCUUAA